GAUUAAAUUUAUUGUGUUAUGAUAUGUGAUAGUCUUUACCACUUAAUUUAAUUUAUAAAUUGAUAUUUUUUUGAAGCUGACCCAAUUUAAAACAUGAGUUUGUCAACCUAUGGACCCAAUUCACAGGGUACCUUAACAUUUCAUGAUCCCGAUGAAACAUAUGAAUUGGUUGGAGGUGAUAAAGAUAACUCGACCAGAAACCUUGUUGGUACAUCUCUACUACGACAGCCAACAAGAUCAACCAAAUGGAAAGAAAAAUCAAUUCAAAUCAAGACCUUGGGAGGUGGACAUUUCAGAUUUUUUACUUGGGUACCUGCAAAUGACGAUGAAGAUAAUGAUUCUAAUUCAACACAACAAUCUCAACUUCAACUGGAUAUGAGUGAAUAUGUGACUGGUAUCAAGAAAAUACCCAAAGAGGGUAUACCAGGAGUUGAUCUAUCUGAUCCUAAACAAUUAGCUGAAUUCGCAAAAAUGAAACCCCGUAAACCUUCAUCGGAUGACGAUACUCGGACCAUUGGUUGCCCACAUAAAGGCUGUUCGAAAAUGUUUCGAGAUAAUAGUGCGAUGAGAAAACAUUUACAUACUCAUGGUCCUCGUGUUCAUGUUUGUGCUGAAUGUGGUAAAGCAUUUGUUGAAUCAAGUAAACUUAAAAGACACCAAUUGGUACACACUGGAGAAAAACCUUUUCAAUGUACAUUCGAAGGAUGUGGCAAAAGAUUUUCCCUAGAUUUUAACUUGAGAACGCACGUAAGAAUACAUACAGGAGAUCGACCUUAUGUUUGUCCUUUCGAUGAUUGUUCAAAAAAGUUUGCCCAAUCAACAAACCUUAAAUCACAUAUUUUAACACAUGCCAAGGCUAAAGCUAAUAAUUUAUAACAUGAGUUUGUCAACCUAUGGACCCAAUUCACAGGGUACCUUAACAUUUCGUGAUCCCCAGGAAACAAAUGAAUUGAUUGGAGGUGGUACUCAAGAAACUGAUUUUGAUUUCAUCGAUUUACAUUAUCCACAUUGACCCAAAGUCAAUUUUCUUAACCCCUUGCUGGUGUAGGAUCAUCUGUAAUAUCAGGAGAUAUACAUGUUGAUGGUCAAGCUAGCGCUCAUGGACCAGGAGACUUGGGACUACAGAAUGUUACUCUUUUCUCAAGCUUUUGGUGAGCUGGGUUUUGCCAACUGAAUGUACAUCUAAUUUCGUUCUCGACUUUGUUUGGAAAUCUACAUCUUGAUAGGAUGCAAGUUGCUCUUCGUCAGUUUGCUGUCGAUGAAUCUUCUGUUUCCAGAUAUAUUUAUCAUCGUUUACUUGGACACGAAAUCGACGAUUUUAUAAUGAGAUGUAAUCUACCCAAGCACUUUUCUGCCCCAAAUCUACCAGAAUGAUUGAGUUGAAAAAUGAUUAAAUGAUGAAUUACAAAUUGCUAAAA